CAUGUAUUGUCAAAGGUUUCAGAUUCGCACUUCUGUGUUACAAAGGUUGUGUUUUUUUCUUUGCUUCUGUCAAAAUAAUGUGCGGUGCAUUUUCCAUAAACAUUCAUAUUAUUUUGUAAAACUUUGUUAAAAGUAUAUAAUACCCUUAAUUUAUUGGAAAAUCUGUAUACCUCGUAAAUAAUAUAUAAAUAAUAAUGCAAAUACUUUGUAAUUGUUGAUUAAAUUAUAUUAUAUAUUCGAUAUUAUCCAAAAUGUUUUGUUGUUUGCGAAACUGUUUUGAUGGCCUUGGUUUUUCGGCUGUAAAAACUCCACAUAAAGAAGUAAAUCCUAUCACACUUGACACAUCGCACAUGGGUCAUGAGGUCGUCAUAGUAAUGAAUGGGUUACGAGUUUGUGGACAAGGUUGUGCUCUAACUAAUGUUCCUCUAGUUCAAAGUAAAAGCUACUUUGAAGUAAAAAUUAGGCAAGAUGGCAUCUGGGCUGUUGGUUUAGCAACUAGAUCUACUGAUCUAAAUACUGGAGUUGGUGGUAAUGAUGCUGAAAGCUGGGCUUUGAAUUCUGAUGGCAUCAUUAGACAUAAUCAGCAAGAAAUCUGCAAAGUCCAAAAUCUCGCCCAAGAAGGGGAUAUUAUUGGUGUGUCUUUUGAUCAUAUAGAAUUAAAUUUCUACGUCAAUGGCAAAUCAUUAAAUGCACCAGUAAUGGGUAUUAAAAGUACAAUAUAUCCAGCUCUCUAUGUCGAUGAUGGAGCUAUUUUAGAUUUAAUUCUACAAGAUUUUAUCCAUCCAGUCCCAGGUUUUGAAAAAAUCAUGGUGGAACAAUCUUUACUUUAAUUCAGCUAUUAUAUUUAUUAUAACAAAGUAUAAAUAUUGUUUUUGAUCGUAACAAAACAUAUGGUAUUAUAAAAAUAUUUUGCAAAAGUAUUUUAAAGAGAUUAAAGAAUUAAUAAAUCUAUAAGAAUUGUAUAAAAAAAUAUAAUAAUUUAUUUAAUUUUGUUCACGAUGUAUUAAAUGGUGUGUGUGAGUGUGAUUG